CAGUGCAAUCCGACAUGGCGAGCGCAAGUGGACACGGACAAGGAAGAGAAAAGGGUCACGCGCCUUCCUGUCAGGGUUCAGGUCAAGGAACUCAUUCAAAUCAACCACCGCGACACUUUGUCUUGCUUGAUGAGCUGGAAAAUGGCGAGAAAGGGCACGAUGGCAAAAGUGCUGAUAGUCAGUUUGUGAGCUGGGGACUUGAUAGCUCUGAUGAUGGAUCAUUAACAAGAUGGAAUGGCACAAUUAUAGGACCCCAUAAAACGGUAUUUGAUGGGCGGAUUUACCUUCUAAGGAUAGAUUGUGGGCCGAAGUAUCCAGAUGAACCACCGACGGUUCACUUCACAACAAAAAUUAAUUUGCCGUUUGUGGAUGAGAAUGGUUUAGUAAUAAAGUCGUCUGUGAAGGAGCUUAAAAAUUGGUCGCGAUGUUAUAGUAUCCACUUUAUACUCAGUCUUCUGUAUAAAUUGAUGCAGAGCAAGGAUUAUUGUAAGGUACCGCAGCCUCCAGAGGGUCAGGUUUACGACUUAGAUAACAAUAAGAAGAAGGGGUUACAGAAAGGUGGGAUGCUGCAUAAAGGUGGGAUGUUCCAAUGAGCCGCAUUGCUGCUGGGUCGUUCAAAGUUACAAAAUGCCAGUGAUUUUAUAAUCACUGUCUCAAUUGAAUAUCUCUUGACUUUGGUUUCUUCAAUGUAAGUUUCACCUUGACCAGAGCUAUUAAACCAUAGUACAUUAUGCGUUAAACAAUGUACAGGUAUUUUUUUCUUGUUUAGGUGAAAGCUACAAUGCCAAUUUCUUUUGAGCACCAUUUUAACCCUUGUCCUAGAGUACUGUCUAGUAAACCUGGGAACAAGAAUGUAUCAUUUGCUGAUCAUCAUUUGGUAACUUGUUUGGAAUCUUCCUGAUUUAGUUGCUCUUAUUAGUUUGGGCUGUCAAUCAAUCAAUCAGGGUUCAAUGAUAGCUGAAGGACUGUGACCCAGGUACUAACUCCCUCACGGAUGCCUCGAGCAAAUGGCAGUUUCCACGCAACAGAAUACUCAGUGGUAAGGUUAACUGCCGUGCUUAUCCUUGCAGUCUGAGGCUGUCAAGGAUGCCUUGUCCACUGGGUUUGUUUUUGUCAGGAAUUGCCAUUUGCUUCUGGCUUUCGAGCAAUUAUAAUCGUGUACACCAGAGUGUAUUUGAAGUGCCGGUAUGUUAUGGGUUGUGGAGACAUGUUUGACAUGAUACAGUCCAAAGUCGCGAGGAUUUAUAGCCCAUAGUCAGUUUCUAUGGAAGAAAAAAUAUCAGACAUGUAAUGAUAAAAAUAGUGGUAGUGCACCAAUUGUAAAUGAGUCAGUUGUGGUUUUUUCCUGAGUUUUUAAAGUUGAUGCUGUGUUAAUAGGCAAUGUUGAUACAUUUGAAGCCUUCUAAAUAGGCCACUACUCCUGGCUUUUAAGUUAAUUCUGAUUUUGGCAAAAAAGCUUUUUUAGUUUUUGUAUGGCCUACUGAUAAUGUAGUCUAGUUGAUGGCAAACGUCUGGUUCACUGCGUGUACAGUACGAGAACAAUCUAAAGCAAGACAGUCGUCGGCCAAUAAAAGGAAAGCAACUGUUGUUGUGACUAAAGAUUGCCUUAGCCUGAACGAACAGUUAAAUGUGACCCGCUCUACCAAAACUAGGCGCUUGUAGCAUCUGAACUUGACAGGUUGAUACGGACUUGUUGUUCAUUUCCCUAUUGUAGACCUUUUGUGAAAUGUGACCAAAUCAGUUUGUAAUAGAUUUCACAAAAGGUCUACAAUAGGGAAAUGAACAACAAAUCCGUAUCAACCUGUCAAGUUCAGAUGCGACAAGUGCCUAGUUUUGGUAGAGCGAGUCACAAAUAUUUGACGAAUCUGUAAACUUGAGUUGUUCUCUGUUGUAUUAGAUUGGUUGCCCGUAGAAACAAGAGCAGACAUGCUUUGGCAAGUGCUACAUGUAUCAGCUUCAUAUUAUCUAAAGGUUUGGCAAAGUUCUUCUUCUAAGUAUCCUAUGUGUGUUCAGUUUUUGCCAGUUUCUCAUCCCACGUACAUGUAGUUGCCGAUUGGGUAACUGCAUGUGGAUCAGGAGGUUCAGCUUCUCAGUGGUGGUGCUGUGCACUUUUGAACCAGACACUGCAACAUGUAUAUAUUGGCGAGGUAAUAACAGUGUACAUGUACGUAAUAAACAGCGCAUCUCUCCACUGGGAAAGUGUAUAGUGCAUUUUUGUCUUUGAUGGAACGAUUUUGCCCGCUUGUAAUUAGUUUCAAAAUUGGGGGAAAUGACUUAAGACUCUCAGAUGGUACCAGUAACCAGUUGACAUCAGUUUUGGCUUCAGUUACCACAGUGGUUGCCUGUUUGGCCCAAUUCACAUAGGAUUCACUGUUAUGAGCUUGUUCUUUAAUUGGCUUAGACUUGAAGACAUUCUGUGAAAUGACCUUAGGAUGAAAAGUCACAACAUGAAUCCUACAUGUAUGUUAGCACACACUUUAGAACGGAAUUGUUUGUUCUUAGAGUGACGCGUUACAAGUGAGGUGUGCCCAUUGGAGAAUGCUGCUUUUUGGACAUAAAUUAUGCAGACCAAGCUACGUGGUGUAAAAUAUAUUGUUCUGUAAAAUAUGUGUUCCUGCUGUGAAUCACUAUUUGUAUUGGAAUUCAAACAGCUUUAAGAUCAUUUCGACCCCUUCUCAUCGCUGUAUUACGUGGCUUGAUCCCUCACCUAUUUAGUUAUGAAGAUUUUUAUAUUGAAGGCAGUCGGUAUGGCAGUAGAUAUGCUGACCUUUUUCAGACAUGGUUGUCAAAACAUUGUCAUUGUCAACCAUGUUUAUUUUUUGCUAUUGCAACUUAGGACCCUCUUGUUUUGUUUGAUAAUUUGCUAGUCUUGAGCAUUUUGGUGAUUUGAUCAUGUUCAUGGCUGACCUAUGGUUAUAGAAUAAUGUCACGAUUUUCCUUUAUGAUAUUAAUUGUAGUAUUAACAGUACUGUUAACCCCUUCAUUUUCGUGGCCCAAUGUCCGCAAAAACAUUAUUUUCAGCUUUUGCACCAAUUCAUUUCCCCAUGUGAGUGCAUUAAUUUUCUUAUGACAACACCUUCAAGUUAAACAUUUUGUCCCCCAAAAAGUCGUAACUAUACCGCUCUCAUGAUAAUAUUCGUCUCACGAAAAUCAAUUGGUUUCAAGUAGUCAUGGCUGUUAGUUUGUGGGGAUAAUGGGAUGUCUUGAUCAAGUCUUGGGGGUCGUACCUCAUUUGGCACUUAAUCAACCCCGAAGGAUUGCCCUGGGGUUCACCACUGUCCCAUAUUGUAUCAUUCUUCCAAAUUUUUAUUUUCUUUGUCAAGGACCCAGCAGUCCUAUCUGAUGGCCAAACAUGGCGGAUCCUAGAAAUCUCAUGACAGUGUGACAUCAGGGAAGAAUCCUAUUAGUUAAUGCUGACUUUUAAUCUUUUUAAGAAACAAGAGGGUUAAGAAGUUCGUGUUCGGUCAAGAUGCAUAUUUGCUAAACUGUAAGCUGUACAUAGACACAAGGUAUUUUCUGUCACUGUGUUGUUGCGUGUGAUUUUCACAAACUGGCUAAAUCGGUGAGGUUUUUAUUGAGUUCGGGAUAUACAUAAGGUUUUGCAGUCAAGUGAUAUCGAAAAACGAGUUUAGCGGAAGUAUCCAAUCUACUUGUAAUUUUUGCUCGUUGUUGAGUUUCAUGAAAAAAACACACUUUCAAGUGAAUUAAGGCCACCCAUUUCUCAUUGUGAGCUGUAUGGACUGAGCACGCGUAUUGACGCAUAUGGCUAUGACGCCCUGUCAGUAUCUGGCCAAUGUUAGUGUCUGUCUCGUCAGUCGAUUUGAGUUUAUUUGCUUCUAUCAUGUCAUAGCCAUUAUGUGAUGCUGUUUCAUUCACGUCUCACAAGACUUUGGUAUUUGAGGUAGAUGUACUUAACAAAGCCAGGUCAUCAUCAUCAUGCUACCAGGGCAGUCUGAGCUAAGCCAUCACUCAAGAUGCUCUUACCGUAUAUAUCCUUCGAACUGUGUGUGAAUACUUCAUUUGGUCUCUGAAACAUGUGUAAGCUGAAUUGUGUAGCCAUCAAUCAACACAGUAAUAUUUUGGUUGAAAGACAAAUUUCAGUAUGGUCCAAGAUGGGUGAAUCAUGGAAUUGUACCUCAGAUUUUAACAGAAAAUAUGACAGUCUUUGUUGGUGGUUCUUCACUUUCAAGUCCAAUCAUUUGAUCUGUAAAUCCAUUUAUUUGAUCUGACUUUCCCCGCCCCCUAUUUUGCCUUGUAGACUCUUCUAGUUAAUACGUUAGAAGAGUCCAUAUUAUAGCCUGUAUGGAUACUUCUAAUAGAGAUAGGUAGGUGGGGAUAUAAAGAUUCAUCCUAAUUUACCUCACACCAUGUGCUUAGAUACCAGUAUGUCAAAAUGUUUCUUGUAUUAUGUAUAAUUAUUAAAAUUUGUAAAGGAUAA